AUGGAAGAACCAGCUACUAAGAAGAUCAGACUACCAAAGAAAGCCGAGAAGGUCAAGAACAAGGUAAGGAUAAAACUAUAAAUUAUUAUGGUUUCAAUAUUUAGGCUGCUGCACCUCUUCAAAUCACUGCAGAACAACUUUUGAGAGAAGCCAAAGAACGAGAGUUGGAAAUAACUCCACAACCACCCAAAGUUAAUGUCACAGAUCCAGAGGAGUUGGCCGAGUUCCAGAGAAAGAAGAGGAAGGAGUUUGAGGAUAAUAUUAGAAAGAAUCGUAUGCAAAUUGCAAAUUGGGUAAAGUAUGCAAAAUGGGAAGAAAGUAUUGGCGAGAUUCAACGAGGACGAUCCGUGUUUGAACGUGGGUUGGAUGUAGAUCAUCGUAGUAUCACUUUAUGGCUUCAAUACGCUGAAAUGGAAAUGCGGUAAAGAUUUUAUUGGUUUUUAACUUUUAGAAAUAGUAACUUGCGUAAUGUUAUGUUAUCCAGAUGGCGGUAUUUGGCUGAAAAAUCGUUAAAAUAAGAAACGCAGUUCAUGUAUGGUAUAAUAUAACAUUUACUUUUAGGAAUCGCCAAAUUAAUCAUGCAAGAAACAUUUGGGAUCGUGCAGUGACGAUUCUGCCUCGAGCUACACAGUUCUGGCUCAAGUAUUCUUAUAUGGAAGAGCUGGUGGAGAAUAUACCUGGAGCUAGACAAGUCUUCGAACGAUGGAUGGAAUGGGAGCCGAAUGAGCAAGCAUGGAGGACAUAUAUUAACUUUGAGCAGAGAUAUAAAGAAGUUGACCGAGCUAGAGACAUCUAUCAACGGUUUCUACAUGUUCAUGGUCAUGACUUUAACAACUGGAUCGCUUAUGCCAAGUUUGAGGAACGGUUUGACUACAUCGAGAACUCUAGAAGUGUAAGUUAUAUUAUUGUGGUUUUGUGUUUAGGCAGACAAGAAAUUGUGUCUUUAACAAAUUUAUUACUUAAAAAUUAACUCUUGGCUAUUUCAAGUUUAUUGUUAGUUAUUUGAAGGUUAAGAUCAUGCUAAAAAAUUUUUUUUUACAUUAUUUUAGGUAUAUGAACAAGCUGUAGAAUUCUUCGAAGGAGAUCUAGAUGAAAAAUUGUUGAUAGCAUUUGCUCAAUUCGAAGAGCGUCAGAAGGAGAUGGAAAGAGCAAGAGCUAUAUAUCAGUAUGGAUUAGAUCAUCUUCCAAACGAACGUACCGGAGAACUUUUCAAGUGCUUGAAUCUGCACGAGAAGAAGUAUGGAUCUCAGAUGAGGAUUGAAAGUGUCUUGUUUUCCAAAAGGAAACAUCAAUACGAACAACUGGUCAAGGAGAAUCCUUUCAACUACGACAACUGGUUCGACUACCUAAAGUUGUUAAUGAAUGAAGACAUUGAACGGGAAGUGGUGGAAGACACUUUCGAACGUGCCAUUGCCAACAUUCCACCCUAUCAAGAGAAAACUUACUGGCGACGUUACGUUUGGCUAUGGUUAUACUAUGCUAUAUACGAAGAGCUACACGCUAAGGAUGUGGAGAAGACAAGACAGGUAUACAAAGCAGCUCUGGAGAUUAUUCCUCAUCGUCAGUUCACGUUCGCCAAGGUUUGGAUAAUGUUGGCACACUUUGAGUUGCGACAACUUGAUGUGAAUGCGGCCAGGAAAGUGAUGGUAAGUUAACUGUGUUUUUAGUAGUGUAAAGUUAUAUGUAUUAUAUAUGGACAAAAAUAUAAUUUUUUUAUUUUACUUAUAUUAUUUUUUCUUUAUAAUGACUUAACAAGUCAAAUUUUGGUCGUAUUUCUAUGGUUUUAUUGACUUUUUGACUGGACGGUUGUCUUUAUUAUGAAAAGCAUGUUUAUAAAGGUUGUAGUAUGGUUUAAUUUGGGCUGUAAUUGUUGGAGGUAUUGACUAUUCAAGUUAAAUUAAUGUUUUAAUAUUUAGGGCAAUUCUUUGGGUUUGUGCAAGCCGAAAAAGAAGAUAUACCGAUCCUAUAUAGAGAUGGAAAUCAAUCUGAGAGAGUUCGACAGAUGCAGAAAACUCUACGAAAAGUUUUUAUCUCACUUCGAAACUGACAGUUUGGUAUGGCGAGAGUAUUUUCGACUUGAGAAUCAGCUGGGCGAAGUGGAACGAGCUCGUGGGAUUCUGGAGCUCGGAAUUCAACAGGAAGACUUGGACAUUCCAGAGGUAGGUCAAUAUUAUGUUAUGUCGUCUUAUAGAGGCUUGUGGGACGUUUUGUAAUGAUAUUAUGGUAGUAUAUUGUUUAUGAUGGUGCAACUGUUAUUGUGUUAUGUAUAUAAUUAUUAAAAACAUGUAUAAUAUGUUGUUAUUAUAGUUUAACCAGCAUAGGCGGUGUUUAUGUGUGGUCAACUUGAACCUAUACUUUUAAACAGUGUUACUACAAACUUUUAUAAUAGUAUAACCAUAUAGUUUUACUCUAAAAUUAAUAUUUUACUACAACACAACCUUUAUGUCACGUUGCUGACUUUUGUUGUUAUCCAAAGAGUCGGUAGAACAAUGUUAAUCUGAUAUUGUGUUUUUGUUCGAAUUGAAAAUGCAAAUUCAUUCAGUGACACAAUCAUUUGACGUUCUUUUUCAGGUAUUAUGGAAAGCUUUUAUCGAUUUCGAAAUCGAACAAGAACAGUACGAGCGAGUAAGACAACUGUACGAGGUGUUGUUGGGCAGGACAAAUCAUAUUAAAGUAAGUUAAUUAGGCUUUUUUAAUGUUUUAACGCUGUUUUUAGCGUCAAAGUAGGUUUCUUGACAUUUUGUACAAAUAACAAGUAUAGUUAAAUUGUAAUUUAGGUAAUAUAUAUAAUUCAAUUUAACUUUUGAUCUAAAACAACUUUUGUUAAGGUAUGGUUGAGUUGGACCGCGUUCGAAGUGGGAAUCAACGAAAUCGAGAAGGCAAGAGCAAUAUUCGAGAGAGCCAACAAAGCUUUGGAAGGUAACGCGGCCGAAGAACGUCUGAUGCUUCUGGAGAACUGGAAGGAGUUUGAAGUCGAGCACGGUGACGAAGAGUUACAAGCAUCGGUCCAAAAGUUCAUGCCGAAACGUGUCAAGAAACGCCGGCAACUUCAGACCGAGGAUGGAGCAGAUGCAGGCGUAGAAGAGUACUUUGACUACAUCUUCCCACAAGAUUCUAUGUUGAGGAUGAGCAGAAAACUGUUUGAGGCCGCUAAGUUGUAUAAACAAAGAGCAGCGCAAGUAAAUCAAGGCGAUGAAGAGCCAGCGGAUAGAGAUGCUGAAAGGGCAGUCGUUGCAGAAGACGCUGAAGCUACAGUAACAAGACAGGAAGCUAAAGGAUCAGUAAAGGAAACUAUAAGUUCAGAUGGGGACGUUGCAGAACAAAGAGAAGGUGAUAAGGAUGGAAAUGAUGAAGUUAAAGGAACAAGUAGAGACAAUGACGACAGAGAUGAAUAUGGGCCGAAAAAGGUAGUGGAAGAAGAAGAGAGCAGUGAGGAAGAAGAAUCUUCGAGUAGUGAAGGGGAAGAAAGUGAUGACAGUUGA